AUGGAAAAUGAAGAGCUUACCCAAAACACAGCCACCCCUAUCAGAGGGACAAGAAUACAACUUCCUCUCCCAUCAGAAUGUUCUCCAGAGGAUCUCGACCCCUACCAUUCCCUAAGCAGACCUAAGAAAAGAAGACAAAAUGCAACAUCGAAAUUCAUCAUUUACGAAGACGCCACUGCAACAGAAGCCAACAUAAUCGGCAAGGAAGAUGAACUCUACGAACGUGAGAUGGAGAAGAUAUGCGUAUGGACUAAUAGAAGUUACAAAGAGAAGGCAUUGAAAGCGGCUAUUGCCGCAGUCGAGUGGGCCAUACCUGUCGCGGCGCUACUCGACAAGAUCCGAGGAGCUGAAGCAGGCAACAAAUCACUGAACCGACAGUUUGAGAGGUUCAAAGAAGCGAUUUGUCGGGUCUCGACUGUUGGUUCGAAUGGAACGGCGAAUGCGGUGGGGUUUAAACUCCUCGAUACUCGGACUCUUGCUCGGCUGAUGGCGAGACUACUGGCCACAGCUAAGAAGCUGAAAGGCAUACCUGAGGUAAAGAAUAUCAAGACAGGGAAGAUGGCCGUCGGUACAUUCUACUUCGUUGCAGGGUACUGCGUUGGAGGAGGAUGUGGACUUGAGAGUCCAGACGUUUUGAAAUCGUCGACCACUGGCUUGAACUCGACGCCAGCCGCGGAUCAGGAAACUGGACCAGUUUACUACCAACACCUCUGCGAGUCGUGGGCUCUCAUAUUUCGAAUACAUGCUGGCAGAGACCUCUGGAAAGAGGGGUACAAGUUCAGCACGACCAUUUCAGAUGACCCUCCACUGCCGCCUCCUUGGGCUGCCACCAUGAUUCGGAUUUACUAUACCCGGGCGAACAACAAUGAACAUGUUCUUGAUAGUGUAAGAGCCAUAUACCGGAAAUGGAGGACAACAAUGCCGUGGUUUGAGCCGCGGCCGUUUGGAACUGAUGUUACUGAUCAGCGGGAUGGAGCGGAAGCGUUCCAGGAUUUCUAUGAGGGUGAAGAGAACGACAUUGGUAGGAUCCGAUGGAGAGUGCUUGGACUGCAGAACGCUGGAGGGAACGAGACCAAGCUCUUCGAUAGGGGACCGAAUAGGAGAAAGUCUUAG